CUAGGAUCACACGACUCCAGCCCCCAACCAAACCCAACGGCUCCGCAGUCCGCACCAACCCCUCCCCCUCGCCCCAACCGCCGCCCUCCUCGCCUCCACCGGAAGAGCUGCUCCCCCCGCAACCGGGCGGAUCCCGCUAGGCGGAGGCGGAGAUCCGGCAGCCGCCAUGGCGGCGAGCGACGUGCCCAUGAGCCCCGAGCUCGAGCAGGUCGACGGCGAGAUCCAGGACAUCUUCCGCGCCCUACACAAUGGGUUCCAGAAGAUUGACAAGAUGAAGGACUCCAACAGGCAGUCCAAGCAGCUGGAAGAACUCACUGGGAAGAUGAGGGAGUGCAAGCGCUUAAUCAAGGAAUUUGAUCGUGUACUCAAAGAUGAGGAGAAAAGCAAUACUUCUGAGGUCAACAAACAGCUAAAUGACAAGAAGCAAUUUAUGAUCAAGGAGUUGAAUUCUUAUGUCACCAUGAGGAAGACGUACCAAAGUAGCCUUGGUAAUAAGAGGAUCGAACUAUUCGAUGCUGGUAAUGACCAGGUAGCUGAAGAUAACGUUCAAAUGGCAUCAGAAAUGUCAAAUCAACAACUGAUUGAUUCUGGAAUGAAACAAAUGGACCAAACAGACCAAGCUAUUGAGCGUUCGAAAAUGGUUGUUGCACAAACUGUUGAUGUUGGAGCUCAAACUGCUACAACUCUAACACAGCAAACUGACCAAAUGAAGAGAAUUGGCAAUGAGCUAGAUUCCGUUCACUUCUCAUUGAAGAAAGCUAGUCAAAUGGUGAAAGAGAUUGGUCGUCAGGUUGCAACUGACAAAUGCAUCAUGGGGUUUCUGUUUUUGAUAGUUUGUGGUGUGAUUGCGAUCAUUGUUGUCAAGAUCGUCAACCCGCAUAACAAGAGCAUCCCAGACAUCCCGGGACUGGCGCCUCCUGCACCUCCUGCGCAGAACCGGAAGCUGCUAUCCGUAGAUCCUUUCAGAAUGCUCUGAGCAUUCGGGAAUGGAAGUCUCGUGCCAUGCAGGUCUCUCGCUCUGAAGCCAAAACACACGAUGUCAACUGUUCCAUUGGUGCUUGCUUGUACAUUAUACCCGUAUGUAAUUUUCUUUGAUUGGUUCAUUCUUUCCACACUGGUUGCUGUUAGCUUCGGAUUGUUAGUAGCACUUCGGUUGUGUGGUGUUUAAAUUGCCUGGCUUUCUUGGUUGUGUACAUGCGUUAGUGGUGACCAGUGAGAGUUAUGCGAUUAAUGUUUGCUCGUAUACCUUCCUAAAACCAGCCGAUUCUAUUCAUUAUGAGAAUGUGAAUGUUGGCCAUCCAUUAUCCUGGCCUUGUGA